UUUUGCGCAUGUGCAGAACGGAUCGUGUACCGACAGUUACUGUUAUUAGUUAUUUUAACGUUGUUCUGGUUUGUUUUUACUUAACGUUACCUCGUUGUGUCCCGUCCUGCUUCACCUCCGCCCAGUGCGGGUUUGAUAUUUGAGGACUGAAAAAUGUCCACAGCUGCUCCUCCUCCACCACCACCACCGCCCUCUCAUCCAUCCCACGGACACCAGCGUGAAAGUAUUACUCCAUCCCCUGGGUAUGCAGCAAUACCAUAUUCUUCUGACAGCCCUCCAGUCCAAGAGACAAGUCCUUCACCAGAGGCUAUACAUAGUGCAGAGGGUGCACCAGCUUCAUCACCACUCCCAGUUCAAAAUGGACCCCAGUCUCCUCCGCCGGAAGGGCAAAAAGACAAUCCCUCUGAUAGUGAGGUGAGACACCAUCCAGUGCAGGAAACUGACCCUGUACCGCAGACAGAGCAGCAAGAUGACGUACCCAAUCAGAUGGACCAGACUGGAGAGGACCAAAUGACCUGAAGCACUUUAGUUACUUAAAAACAAAGAUCUACAUUUACCAGUACUUGAAAAGGCCGUUCUGAACUGCACGGAAACACUGUUGCAUGGUAGGUACAGUUGAGUGAGCACAUCACUUUAUGUUCAGGCCAAAGGUGUUUGGAUACUUUACUUCAGCCUUCAAUCCUCAUCAUCAUCAUCCUCGUUACUUGCAGCUGAAUUGAUAAUUUAGUGCUUUGCUUAUUUUCAUGCAAAUUCUAGCCAUAUAGGCCUACUUUAUAGUGCCUUUGAGAAACUGUUAAGCUUAAAAAUAGAUAUUUUAGUGACAUAGCCAUAAAAGGGUAAAAGCACUUUGAGUGUAUAUUGUUGCUGCUAUUUAUAUUGUCUCUCUGCCCCUGGAGACUGCACAUUUUUACAGCCUGGGUUACAAACUGGGAAUGUGGAUUUUAAAAUACAUAGGCAUUUACCCAGGAGGGAAAUGUUUUGGUUGAAUUAAGGGAAUUGUAAGAUCAAGCAUAUUUGGAGCUUGACUUAUACUUGGGACCAGUGUACGAACUAUAUCUUUAUAAAGUGAAUUAGUGAUAAAUCACCUUAUGCAUGAAUCAUACAUCAAUAAUAGCCUAAUUUUAUGCAUGAUCCAUGCUGACGAAGAUACAAGAAAAAUAGGUUAUUGUCAAUAUUUAAGAGUCCCCUCAUAAUUUCAUAAAGCAUCAUGUCUUAUUAAGACGAUCCGAGCUCCCCUGUAAUUGGCACCCUGCUUGGGACCUGAAAUCAGGAUAUUUUGCAGUUGCGGCUUUAAUUUUAAGCACACUAUUUUAAUCUGUUUCUCUGAGUUCCCCAGUUUUAUGGAAUUACUGUAUGUGCAAUACUAAAUUGUGGGAGUACCCCUUUAUUGACAGUAUAUUCUCUUAACUAAGAGUAUUUAAAUGUACAAUUGCUUGUGAUUUUCUUAAAUUAUCUAAUUUUAUUGUCUUAUUGAAAUGCACAUUUGGAUCAAAUUUUGUUUUUGUCACUUUCCAAAAUGUUUCCAGAAAUUAAACUCACGCCUGCUUUGAACACUCAGUUUCUUUGCUUUUCUGCUUCAAGUAAAAACUUGAAAAUACUUCAAUGGUCAAUGCUUUAAAAUCAUUAUAAAAUCAUAUCAUAUGCAGGAUGUUACAGCCAUGCUAGCUGCUCUGCGAGGCUGUACUUAGACAGGGCGGUGCUUUGAGCUAAAUGCUAAGGUCAGCAUGCUAACAUGCUCACAAUGACAAUGAUAACAUGCUGAUGUGUAGCAGGUGCUAAUGUUGACCAGGUGAACUUCAGUUUAGUGUGUUAACAUGCGAACAUUUGCUAAUUAGCAGUUAUCAAUUCUACAUGUUUUAAGAGAUGAUGAUGAUGGCAAUAUAUUUUUGUCUUACAUCCCAGCAGCUCCAGUUGCUACAUCAACAAAGACAAAAAAUGAAGACAACAAACAAGAAUACACACACUUCACAUAACGUUACAAUCACCAAAGGCAAUAUAUUCAAGACCCUUCAACGUACAUUUGAUUUGGGAUUAAGUGCCAUGUUACAUUUUAGGAUUGACUGGUGCUCAAGAGGGCUUCAGUUUUACUCUGUUGAAUCGUGGAACCCUGUGUUUCCGAUUGAAGAUAUCAAUUUGUAUUUACUGUUUAAGACAUAGUUGGGGUGAGAGACAAUUUUGUUGGCCAUUCUUAGUAUGUUAUUAUGGUAAACUGAUUCAUACUUUCUCAAGGGGUUGACCUACAAUCCUUGAGCAGAUUUUCAUUCGAAGAGUUUUGACUUGUGCUAUGUAGUAUUACAAUACUGUGGAAAAUUCAAAAUCACAUUAGUAAAAAAAAAAAAGUCUACUCACCCCAAAAGACCUAAAGCAGCAGAUAAAAUAAAUUCUUUGUUUUGUGCUUUUGAUAUUAAGGCUGCACUAUUUACAUGAGCACAAGUAUACCGGCAUUUGCUAAAUAGCAUGUCUACUAUAUCAUGUGAUUAUUGUACGUUAUGCAGCUCCAGAGCUGAUUCCUUAUUUAGUCCGCAGUCUAUAGAAAGAAAGACAUGGCACAGCAAGAUGGUACAGUCAAGAACAUCCUUUUUAUUCAAUCAGGUGCUGCUCUUUUCAAACUGUGUUUUUCUUCUUAUGGAAAAGAAACUGUAAUUAACACAUGCAUUUCACCUAGAGCUCUGGGGGUGUUCUCACAAAGAAGUGGUGCUGCACUGAGGGCGUAGACAGAGGCGUAGAAGAGCUGGGAGUCUGGGGGCCUAGGGUGCUGCCUAUUACACCAAUAACCAUACACACUUAAGAUAAAGAACAAAAUAAACAGAGCAAAGACACGGAGCAGUCCAGCAUGAGGUGGUCAGAGGAGAAAAAUGGAGGGACUUCCCUUAAUCCUCAGAAAUCUGAGAGUUCAGGUUCAUGCUGGCCUUUUAUCUAUCUGGUUGGUGUGUUGUAAAUGGUUAAUACUGCUGACACCGUGAACAAUAAUACUUCACUUUAAAAGAUUGGUCUGAAUGGAUGUGGAUAUGGAUAUGUCCAGAAAAUGCAAACCCCCCUCUUUCAGCCUCGUGCAGGACAAGUCCGGUUAUAAGGUGCUUGUAGCUUUCAUUUACAGUCCAAAGGCAUCCUUGAAGAGAGCCUAAAUGACAGCAUACCCUGAUAGAAAAUAUUAAAAGAAAUCCAAAUUAAAAGAAAAAAAAAUAAAGGGGGGGGGGGGG